UUCAGUUUAUUUGUAUAGCCCAAUUUCACAAAUUACAAAUUUGUCUCGGAGUGCUUUACAAUCUGUACACAUAGACAUCCCUGCCCCAAAACCUCACAUCGGACCAGGAAAAACUCCCAAAUAACCCUUCAGGGGGAAAAAAGGGAAGAAACCUGGAGGAGAGCAACAGAGGAGGAUCCCUCUCCUAGGAUGGACAGAUGCAAUAGAUGUAAUGUGUACAGAAGGACAGAUUUAGAGUUAAAAUACAUUCAAUGAAUAUGACAGAGUGUAUGAAUAGUUCAUAGUAGGCAUAUUCCACGAUGGAGACCUCCACGAUCCAUCAGGCAGAUGGCGGUGGGGAGGAGGGGCGGAGUCUCAACAGGACAGUGGCGUAGUCAUGAGCAGGAAUUCCACGACCCAGACGAUCCAUCAGGCAGAUAGGAUCUAUGCCGUCUCAUAGGGUCCGAUGACCCCAUGAGACGUAAAGUCAAAAGGACUUCCAGGGAGAAAGCAGAGUUAGUAACGUGUGAUUGAGAGAUGAAAAUUCAUCCUUAAGGAGAGAAAAGAGGAGAUAGGUACUCAGUGCAUCCUAAACGUCCCCUGGCAGCUAUAAGCCUAUAGCAGCAUAUCAAGGGGCUGGACCAGGGCAAACCUGAUUCAGCCCUAACUAUAAGCUCUGUCAAAGAGGAAGGUCUUAAGUCUACUCUUAAACGAGGUGACUGUGUCUGCCUCCCGGACUGAAAUUGGAAGCUGGUUCCAUAAAAGAGGAGCUUGAUAACUAAAGGCUCUGGCUCCCAUUCAAUGAGCUGUGGCGCGCUAGAGGGAUGACGUAUGUUUGUAGGCCAACCUGGAAGUUAGCGUCUUACUGGUUCACAAAAAAAAUUGCAGUCAACUUAACCCUCAACCACAGUCACAUGUUCCAGUGAAGACUUUUAGCCAUCUCAUUAAGGCCACUCUUUUAUCAAGACACAUAAAAGCUUCUAAAUUCAUAUUUACUGAUGUAUUUUAUUGUGUAGAACAAAACGUUAAAAUCUCUUCAGCAAGACCUUAUUUCAGACAUGUACAAACGCGUUGGCUUCAAGUCGAGGGAACAGGAAGUGAAAAGGUGCACGCGAACAAAGUUUCCUUGGCUUAUUUGAAAUUAAAAUGUGUAAUGGCCCCCCCCCAAAAAAUCUUUGAAUUUCUUUAAUAACUAUUCCAUAUAGUUUCCAGGUGUUUUUAAAACACUCUAAACUAUAAAGGGAAUUAUAUAUUAUUUUUGCUAUUCAUGGUAGAUACUGAUAAUAUGAUCAUGCUGUCUUUUCGCACACUAGUUAACAUAAAGUAGUCCCGUUAACAAUUUAACUGCAUACUACAAAUGUAACCUUGGUGUCGGUACAGACACAGAUUUUCUUGAACUUAUCUUAUCAUCAUAUCUGCUGUAGACUUUAAACCAUAACUAACGAUCAGUCAGAUGGCAGCGAGCAUGUGUUGCAUGUGUUGCAUGUGUGUUUGAGAUGACACUUGUGGUGCCAAAAUCCACAGACAUUGUGGGGGGAAAAAAAGUUGAACCUACAAAGAUAAAAAGAACCUCCCUGCCAUGUUUAACAGGGCAACUGCAGUGAAGAGAUAGUAAACAGGAAACUGGCACACCUGAGUCUCUGAGAGGGUGAAGUCUAGCACUCUGAGAUUCUUUUUGAAUGAAAAGUGCUUUACUAAUAAAAUGCAUUAUUUAUUCAUUAUUAUUAAGUCCUUAUCACCUACAAUUAGAUAUAGUUUACUGGUUUGCAAUGCCAACAUAUGUACACCCUUUAAAUUAAAUGCGUUUAAGUUGAGGGGAGCUGGUGAGGUUAUCAUAUAUUGUGUAACUGGGGUAAACUAUGGCAGCUUUGUGUAGGGUAUGGUCGGGAGGGGGGGUUAUCUGACUGACAUGUUGGUAAAAAGACAAAGGAAUGAUAACUCAAAGAUAAUGUUUUUUUGAAACCAUUUAUUUAGCAAAGUGUGUUCAACUCGUGCCUGCAGCAUUCUGCUUCAUUCACAAAAAAACACUAUCGUUUUAGGAAAUUGUUUGGUUAGUUUAGCCUAGCUUAACACGAAGGGGAAGAUGCUAAAAGAGGAAAAAAAUGACUUUCAUAUUUGCAUGUACUACUAUGUAAGGGAUAAUCCAUUAAAGUUCAAAUAAUAACACACAAUAUGAAGAUUGAUUCCUUAAUUGAUGAUUUCAUUAUUUCUAAUAAGUUUAUAUAAGAUAAUAAGAUUCAUAUUUGAAAGCACUGCUUAAUAAAUGCUGUUUGUGUCAUCACUAAUUGUUGGUGUAGUUUAUAACCCUGAACAAGUAGAGAAGCUACCAGCUGAAAUCCAGGUUAUUGGAUCACGGUUUAGUAUUGUCUCAUGUACAUUAUGAAAUCCUUCCAUUUUAUCACUUUAAAGCCAUCAACAGUCCUCAAUUCUUAAACUUUACUUUCAUUGUCACAUAGAUACAAUUUGACCUCUGCAUCUAACUCACAAGCAUCAGGAGCAGUGCAGCCCGGGGAGGGAGCAACUUGUGCUUCAUUGUCUAUCUCAAGCACACUUGGGCUGAGCCUUUGCAGUGUUGUCCAGCCUUUAGCAAGACCUGGCCUCUAUAUGCCUUGUCCUCAGUGUAAAACAAAUGGGAACUUUUAGCGUAGAUUUGCUUCCUAAUGCGGGGGAGGGAGUUGAAACACGUACCUAGAGUGGAAAACAUUAGCGAGGCUUUCAUGUUGUAACACUGAAGCAACCCAGAGGGAACUUUUACCUACAGGGAGAGCAGCCAUGGUGUGUGUGCCAGAGUGACAGCCAUGUCCAGAGGGCUUUAAGGAUGUUCUGAAACUGGGCACUUCGCAAAUGAUAGAAAACAGGCUUCCGGACGCGCGUGAAUUAAGUUAUCAACAUUUAAGGGCAGGAAGUGUAAAACAAACAUUCAAGGCCUCACGAUCGUGGUCUUCAUCGGUCCCGGCUCCUCAUGCCUUCGUGGUCCCGUGGGAAGAGAGCGCUAUCUCUAAUCCACAAAGUCUUAGACUCUAAAUCAGCCAAUCCUCACUCUCAAAGGUGAGUCCAGCCUUUAACUCCUAGGCUGUGUCUACUACCGGACACUUGAGCACUUCGAGCACUGACUUUCAGUGCUUAGGGCGCCACACUGACAAAACCAGCAGAAUUCAGUGCACUGAAAGUACCCGGAUGGCGCACUGCAAACGGGCAAAAAAUGCCGUGUAAAACGAUGGACACUACUGGCCCUAAACGGGCGCCAUCUUGGCUACGUAGCGGAAGAGGAGGAGCCCUUUCGUCAGCUUUUCAUUUGAUUUCUAAAACAAUGGCGGACGAGAUGGCUACGGUAGCACAAGCGGUAGACCACGGAGGCUCCUGCCGCGAUUGUGGAGGUAUCGCAGUUUCCACAUGGGGUGGAGAAAGGGCAGGGAGGAAAAGAGACGAGAUUUGGACCUCGUCGGUCUUUGGUCCUUGGUCGGCUUCAGGACAAACAGCAGCGCAUAGGACGGUGAAGUGUUGUCCGUGUGACUCCAGGAACCCCAAAGGCCCACUGGCCCACACUGUCCAGGAUGCCCUGUCCACCUCUGAACCAGAUAGAUGGUGGCAGUCCAAGAAAGAUGUGGAUCCAGUCACUCUCCAGUUGGACCUCGACAACCUGUUCCAGCUUGACAACCUGGUGCUCAGCUUCAAGGGUCCUCGUCCCAGUGCCUUUGUCAUAGAGAGGACGCAGGAUAAGGGCCAGUCGUGGCAGCCCGCCCUCUACUUGGCUACUGACUGUCAAGAAACCUUUCCUGGCAUUCCCACAAUAACACCUGUAACCCUGGAUGACACAUACUGCUACACACUGCCCCCUACUGGAGCAGACCCCUACCAUGAUCACACGAUCCAAUUCAGUCCUCUGCGUCAGUAUGCUUAUGUCCCAGCUCCCAAAAGCCAAAAAAUAGAAGAUACGGCUGCGUUAACUGGGCUGAGGGUGAGGUUCACCGAGCUGGGAGAUGUCCCACGGCCUCCAGGCAGAGCUCUCAGUAGGUUUUAUGCCCUGAAGGAGAUGAGGGUGAUGGGCAGCUGUUUGUGCUAUGGACACGCCAACCGAUGCCUGCCCGACAGCAACCUGCAGCCCGACAGCAUACAGGUUCACCCUCAGUGUGACUGCCAGCACAACACAGCCGGUGUGAACUGUGAGCGCUGUGCUGACCUCUACAAUGAUCUGCCCUGGAGACCUGCGGAGGAGGGCUACACCCAUACCUGCAAACGCUGUGAGUGUAACAAUCACGCCGAGCGCUGUCAUUUUGACGAGGCGGUCUACGAGGCUAGCGGGCGGAGGAGUGGAGGUGUGUGUGAGGGCUGCAUGCACCACACCACAGGGCCAAAGUGUGACCAGUGUGUGCCGGGCUACCAGCCAAACCGCAACAGAAUGGACCACCCCGACGCCUGCAUACGUUGUGUGUGCAGUGCUGACGGCACGGUGAAUGGGGGCCGAUGUGAGGACAGCACAGGCUCCUGUUUGUGUAAAGUAAAUGUCGAAGGUCCCCGCUGUGACCGCUGCAAGAGAGGCUUCUCCAACCUGAGCCCCUCAAACCCUCAGGGCUGCUCCAAGUGCUCCUGUUGUCCAAACGGGUCCCUGUCAGAUGUGUGUGACCCGAUGACCGGCCAGUGUCCAUGUCGCUCCCACUUCCAUGGCCUGACCUGUGAAAUGUGUUCAAAAGGCUACUGGAAACCAUCCCUGUCAGGGCGCUGCCAACUCUGCAGCUGUGACCCCACCAGGUCAUACAGUGAUACCUGUGACCAGGUCACAGGUCAGUGUCAGUGCAGACCAGGCUUUGGAGGCCUGACAUGUACCGAGUGCCCAGAGAACGCUUACGGAGACCCUCUCAUUGGCUGCCGAUCGUGCCGCUGUGACGCUGAGGGAACACUUCCAGAAGUUUGCAACAAGCAGACGGGUGCCUGUUUGUGUCGGCCCGGCGUCAAUGGAACUCGCUGUGACUCAUGCAGUCGAGGUCACUGUGACUCCUUCCCUGGCUGCGAGACAUGUCCCUCCUGCUUCUUCGCCAUGGAUGCCCAAAGACAGAACCUCAGCUUCGCUCUGGAGAGAUUCUCCCGCAGAUUACCUUCUCGUCCUGUCGGUGAUGGGGAUCUUGGACCUCGUAUCCGCGUUCUUGAGUCCAGCUUGACCCUGAUUCAGAACUCCAUCUCCCUUCCACCCGGUGGUAAAACACAGAUGGAUGAUGCUCAGUCCCAACUAAACAAACUCAGGGACCAGAUGGACCAGAUUAAUGAUGACCUUUCACCUCUGGAGAGAACUCCUGGUCUGGACUCAGAGCUGGACAGACUGCAGACUCUGCUGGACCGCCUCACUCUGGACUACAAACUCAAGAAAGAUGCAAAGGACAACUCUGUCAGUCCAAACAAUACAGGAUCAUUAACUGGCAUCAAGAAUGCCUACGAUGAAUCCACAGAUGCAGCUAAGAAAGUGGAUGCCAGCAGGAAGCCACUGAAGGAGUCAGCUGAUAUCAGAAAAGAGACUAUGGACCUCCAAAACGAAGUACAACCAGACAACAUCAGAGACCUGGACAAACUGAACCAGAGCAUGGCCUCCCAACCCAACCUUACUCCUGUUGCCAAACAGGUCUGUGGCAGCGUUCGCUCAGAGCCUUGCACUCCUCUGCAGUGUGCGGGCGGAGAUCUGUGUCCACCAGACGGAACCCCACCUUGUAAGAAGGGUGAGGUGUGUGUGGGCGCCCUGCCUCUGAGCAAGAGGGCGGACGCUGAUGUCAAGGACUUGAAAGACCGACUGGAAAAGCUAUCACGGAAUAUCACAGAUGCUGCGGAGAUGCUGCAGCAAACACAGGAGACAACCAACCAGGUGAGACAGUCUGCAAAGAAGCUGUCCAAUAAGAUGAAACAGGCCAGAGACGACCUCGAAGACGACUUGAAAGAGACGCGUGACGUUGUGAAGGAGCUCAACGAUUUCCUGUCAGACCCGACCGCCAACCUGACCCAGAUCCAGGAUAUUAGCGACUGGAUCCUGAAAGCCAAACUGCCUCUCAAGCCAGCUGUCCUGAAGAAGAACCUGGAGGAGCUGAAGAAUCUGGCGGCCAGUCUACCAGACAGCACGUCGGUGUUAAGGGAGGCACAGCCACAGCUGGACAAAGCCAGGAAACUGCUGCAAGAGGCAAAGGACGCCAGGGAUACGGCACAAGGAGUAAAGGCUGAGGUGGACCAGUUGCUUACAGGCUUCGGCUCGGUGGAGGGCGCCCUCGCUGAUGCGGAGGAAAAACUGCAGAACAGCAUGGAUCUCAUAGACAACCUGAACUACAACUUGACUGCGAUCAAAGACCAGCUGCGCGCCGCUGAGAAGACUCUGGAUGAUGUAUCAAAACUGAUAAAACCAUUGACGCCUCAGCUGGAUGAGCUCAAGGGCCUGCUGCACGAUGGAGACCAGUUGGCCCAUGAUGCUUCGGAUGAUGCAGACGAAGCUGUGGAUAAUGCAGCUGCUGCAAAUGAGGACCUGUUGUUAUUGGAGGAGGAGCUGGAUCGUCUUAAAGACAAGGCUCCAGCUAGUGGGUCAGGUGGAGAUCCGGGACUGCUGGGGGAUCGAGUGGCGAAGCUGCACAACGAUGCUUUAGCUCUGGACAACACCACAAACAACAUAGUGAAGGCUCUGGAAGGUAAAGCAGAUUCCCUGCGGGAUCUGCAAGAUGAGAUCACUCAGCAAUCCACAAUACUUGAAGGACUUGAUGAUAAGCUUCGAAAGCUUUUGACAGAACUUCGAAAAAAUGCCCAACUCCUCACCAACUGCUCAGGCUAAAAGGCCUCGAGCCGCCGGUUCCAAAGUAGAGGAGCAUCUGCUGCUGCUCUCACUGCUGCGCUUCAUACCGGCCUCCCACAUCAUACUAAAGGGGGAAUUCCUACCUCUGGCAGUUGUCAAAGAAUUGUGGGAAAUGUAGGAAGCUGUAGGUUGAAUGACAAAGAGGUGUUCAGGGCAACGUAUAGGACAACUCUGAGCCCAGUCGCCAGGACAACAUGUUGGCAUUGUAUGUUUAUGCAAAGCACAGAAACGUUGAUUGUCGAUGGCAUUUUUUUGUUUUUAGCAUUUGGCCAGAGUAAAUGACGAAUGAUAAUAUUUUGAGCGUCAUGAUACAAUAUAUAGAGCAUAACAAGCGAGCAAGUCUGUUAAGAGUGCGUGGGAGGGGUGGUGGAUAACAAACACAGGACUUUCACCAAGGUGACUGAUGUUUGUGUCGCGUGUAUAAACCCCUUGUAAUGUAACGUAGGAAAGUCUGAUAAAGGCAGCUCUUAUUUAUAUACGCUAGUUAUAUUAAUACGUCACGGCAUUAGUUUAACACAAACCAUGAUCUUAUUUUCUAGCCUUAACCAAGCACUUUUGUUUCCUAAACCUAACCUCUGUGUUUCUACAAGCACGAAACGCGGCUGUAUUCGUGAAAACCUAUUUUUUAAUCAACGUAUUCCGUGAUCUGCUGAAACGUACAAUGUCGAAAUAUUUUCUCUUUCUCAUCAUUAUAAAGUAAAUCCUUGAAUAUAUUGAAAAUAAAAUAGGGGGGGGGGGUCCGUAAGUUUCAAUUACAAUACAAAAGCCAGAAUGUAUGUAAAUACACUUUUAUAUAUAUGUAUGUAUCAAUAUUUGAAAUAUGACUGAGUUUGUCAAUAUAAUUUUCAUCAUUUAGCAUUAUCGAAAAAGACAACAGCUUCUGACUUUCUGACAGCAAAGAGCAAACAAACUUGUAUUGGUCAGCAGCAACAAACUCUGCUGCAUUGCAUCAAUUAUUGUAUUUUUCACAACUGUAAAAUGGUGAAUGCUACAUUAUUUAUUUUCAGUUUUGUAUCCGUUGUUUUUGCAGAAUCCACAGUAUUUAAAUAAAAACCUGUUCCAUUCAA